CAUUUUCUCCACUUUUUCUUCUUUUAGUCUCUUUCUUACUUAUCAGUUACCACAAAAAAAGUCCAAUCCAAACCUCUUUAGAACACUCCCUUGGAUUUCAAACAGAUAGAACAGACACAGCAUAUUAUAUAGAUAAAAACUCUCUUUCCACCCUUAUCCAUUGUCCACCAUUACCGCCAUUAUCGCCAUCAUCACUAUGUAGAAGAAGAGGUCAAACAACCUCUCUACUACUACUCAACUCUAAAACACCACCAAAUGCAAGAAACCCAAAUCUUCUCCUCCAUUUCCAUUUCCAUUUCCAUUUCAAACACCAGAGCUACCAUUUCUUCUAACCCUUCCAGACCCCAUCUCCCUCUCCCUCCAAACCAUGAUUUUCCCUCACUUUCUCACCCCAAAAACCCCCGUUUUCCCUCCCUUUCCACCAAAACAAACACCACUCUUCCUCCCCCUUCAAAACCCACUUCAUCAUCUUCAGACUUUGAACAGAAAAUGCUUUAUUUGGACUCAAUAGGCAUCGACUUCCUCUCUCUUAUCGAAGACCACCCACCGAUUUUAACCUUCCCACUCUCCGACAUGAAAUCCACCGUCGAUUUCGUCGUCUCAACCGUCGGAUUCACAGCUAUCGAGUUUCGCCGCGUCGUGGGUAUGUGCCCUGAUGUUUUAUCCUCGAGGGUCUCCGACGUCGUCCCAGUAUUCACCUUCCUCACACGCGAGGCCCGUGUCAACGGCUCCGAUCUCAAAAGGGUUAUCAACCGACGGCCCAGAUUGCUCGGUUGUAGUGUCAAGAACAGGCUCAGACCCACUCUCUACUUUCUCCAGAGCAUUGGAAUAGCCGAGGUAAACAAACACACUGACUUGCUUUCCUGUUCCGUCGAGGAAAAAUUCUUGCCCAGAAUCGAGUAUUUGGAGAAGAUUGGAUUUUCUCACCGUGACGCGGUGUCCAUGUUUAGGAGGUUUCCUCAGCUGUUUUGUUACAGUAUUAAAGAGAAUUUUGAACCCAAAUUUGAUUACUUUGUGGUUGAAAUGGGGAGAGAGUUGAGGGAGUUGAAGGAGUUUCCACAAUACUUCUCUUUCAGCUUGGAUAAGAGGAUUAAGCCUAGACACCAGAGUUGUGUAGAGAAAGGUGUGUGUUUUCCUUUGCCUAUAUUGUUAAAGACAAGCAAUGCCAGAUUCAGAGAUAGGUUGGAAGUUUGUUGUAACACUUCCUUGCCUUUUAAAUCAUCUCCUUUGUGGUGUACAGAUUGUGAUAUUCAUUCAAUAUAAACUGGAAUUAAUAAAAAAGAAGAAGAAAAAUGCAAAUUGUAUAAA